GCAGUACCUACAUUACAUACAGUCUUAGGCCAGGUCUACUUUACUGUAGUGCUCAGAUAUAACAUGACACCUGAGACUAAACCCCAGACUGUUCUGAUUGGUGCAGCUAAUUAGAGAACCAGACGGGAGCUCACAAGUAACCUGUCCUGAUCAUCCCACCAUCCAGCACGGGUUUCCUCUAAACCGGGACCCGGAGAAAAGGCUGUUCAGAUGAAACCCUGGGCCCAGGCUUUUUUAUGGUCUAGUGUUUGUUUAUGAUAAUUUUUCCCGUGGCCACACUCCCCGGUGGUGGCGGGCCUUGUGGAGCAGAUAGAUAGAUAGGUAGAUCCCCCUGGACCGAAGGUGGAGUGGAGCGCAGGGGGCAGCUUCUAUUCCACUUCACAUCCAGCAGGGCAGACUAGAGUCAGGCAGAGUGCUGCUGGAUGCUGGAUAUGGUACUUUAAAAUUGGCAAUAGUUUCACUAAAGAAACUGCUGGGGAACUCACUGCACCCUCAUCCCUCUCUCUGGAGAAUAUGUACCAUUAUUAACUGAUAGCCAGGCUUUUCACAAUGCCAGCUUUAAGGACAAUGCUGGCUGUUGGUGUUCUCCUGUCUGUUUUGGGCCUCAUCAAAUCUCAAGAUUUGCCAAGUUAUGACCUGCUGGAGGAGUUCCACCUGCCUGAAUCUCGAGGAGUGAGGCGAGUGGAGGGAUCGGAACCAGAUGCAGUAGCGUACCGCGUUAACCCCUCCCUUCAUCUCAGGAAGAGCAUGAGCGAUGUUUACCCAGAUGGCCUUCCUGCUGAUUACUCUGUCAUAGCCACCUUUAAGAUAACCAAGGAUGCAGCCAAACAGUCCUGGAACCUGUGGCAGGUUAGCGAUCCUAACGGCCAGGAGCAGGUGGGGCUGCGGUUUCAUGGAGACUCCAAAACGUUAGACUUUUUCUACAGCGGUCCUGGCAGCUCGCAGAUGCUGCGCACCUUCCACGGCGUGGAGAAGCUGUUCGAUGGCCAGUGGCACAAGCUGGCGCUCAGCGUGAAGGGAGACCAGGCCAAGCUGCUGGUUGACUGUGAGGAGGUUAGCUCAGAGCCUCUACAUGAACCCAGGCCAAUCAUUCGCCGUGGAUACACGUCCAUCGCUAAGAGAGCUGCCAGAGAUCGCUCUGUCUCUGUGGACCUGCAGAAGAUGCAAGUCUCCUGUGAUGCUGACCAGGCCUACUCUGAAGGCUGCUGUGAGCUGUCCAACGUGUGUGGAGGAUAUGCUGAGAUUGGCCUGACUGCUGGCAGAGAAAAAGCUACCUGUAAAUGCCAACAUGGGCAGCCAGGUCCCCAAGGACGUCCUGGACAGAAGGGUCACAGAGGUCUGCCAGGAAAUGCAGGAGAUGCAGGAAGGCUGGGAAACUGGGGGCCGCGUGGCGAGACUGGAGAAUAUGGAAACAUUGGAGAGCCUGGCCCUAAGGGCUACGCUGGGAUCAAAGGAGAGAAGGGAUCAAGAGGGCUGUACGGCCCAGAGGGUGACAGGGGACCUAAAGGCCUGAAAGGUUUAGCAGGCGCCGGAGGCCAUAAGGGAGUGCGAGGACCUCCUGGAGAAAGGGGAGAGACCGGAGCGCAGGGGCAGAAGGGAUCAACAGGAGAUCGGGGAUACCAGGGAAUUCCCGGAUAUCAGGGAGUGAAGGGAGAGGAAGGUUUCUCCGGAGCUGAAGGACCUGCAGGACCACGGGGUCCACAGGGUGGUGUCGGAGAUCCUGGUGAGAGAGGAACAUCUGGAGAAAAAGGAAAGCCUGGUAUUCAAGGUGUGAAGGGGCGAGCUGGAGGCAUGGGAGAGAAGGGUAUCAUUGGUGAUCCAGGUUUGCCUGGGAGAGAUGGAGACCCUGGCAUUGAGGCCUAUCAGGGACAGCAGGGGCCUGAGGGUAAAAGUGGGAAAGCUGGCGAGAGGGGUGAGAAAGGAGCUCUGGGGCCCCCCGGGAACAUGGGCCCUCAAGGGCCCACUGGCCUGCAAGGUUAUAAGGGUUCUGCUGGGAAGCCAGGAAGACCAGGAUUUAUUGGGCCUCCUGGAAGAACAGGACAUGUGGGAGUUGCGGGACGACAAGGACCAAAGGGAGCCACUGGUAUUCUAGGUAUUCAAGGCAUAAAAGGGCAAAAGGGAGGGAACGGACAAAAAGGCCCAAAAGGCCGGGUUGGGGAUAGGGGCAAGCCAGGACCACAUGGAAGCCAGGGGAAGCGCGGGCCAGCUGGAGAGGCUGGUCGUAAAGGCCGUGUGGGGACCAAGGGUGUAAGAGGAGACGGUGGGCCAGUGGGCUUUCAGGGACCACCAGGACCACCGGGCCCCACGCUCCCUGCCCAACAUGUUAUUGAGGUCUGCAAGAAGGUGGUGCUGGAGCAGAUGUCCACUUUUGCCAAUUCAGUGAAGCGGACGUGUGCUGCCGUGUGUCCACUCUACGGAGAAGUGCCCAUGGGUGCCCCGGGCCCCCCGGGACAAAAAGGACCAGCUGGACCUCCUGGUGAUCCAGGCACUGACGGUGCUGAUGGAGAAGUAGGACAGCAAGGAUUCUACGGAGAAGCUGGUGAUCCGGGUAAACAAGGGGAGCGAGGUGAACCAGGAGAGAGGGGAGACAAGGGUCCUAAAGGCUACAGUUUACCUGGAUACAUUGGAGACCAGGGACAAAAGGGUCAGCGUGGAAGACCCGGCAGAGCGUAUGAUGGACGCCCUGGUAAAAUGGGAGAGAGGGGUCAUACAGGGCGGCAGGGCCUGCAGGGUCACGCUGGACUACGUGGGGUUCCUGGAGUUUGCCUGACCUCAGGAUGUGCUUUGCUCAACACAACCGCCAAAGGAGCACCCGUGCAGGAGCCGCUGUGGGCACCUGAGCCGGGGCCCCUGCGCUCACCUCAAAGACCUUCCCAGAGGACAUCUCAGCGGACAUCUCAGCGGCCAUACCCCCAAUCAUCCCCCCGGUCAUCCCCCCGGUCAUCCCAGAGACAGAGGACACGGCAAUGAAGGCAGCCAACAAAUACAGAAAAUGCUUACUUCAUGGGAAUUCUGAGAAGUGGAACACACACACACACACACACACACACUCCAUUGAAAGACUGUAUGACACCAAAUGUUAUUAUGACUGAAAAAUGUGUGGCAUAUUACCCUGAGAUAAAGUUUAUCUACAAAAUGUUUUAAACAUAAAUGUAAAUUGUUCAGAUGUUUAGCUUUAACCACCAUUAUGUUUUGAGUCACUGCUGUUUAUAAUAAAAACAAAAAUGAUUAACUCCCAA